AGAGAAAGUGCACGCCCCUUUGGCCGCGGGGUGUGGCUGGCGUCCGGAGCUCGGCGCGGCACCUGGUGGCUGGUGCCCGACAUGGGGGUCACCGUGGACUUGCACCAGGUGUUCCAGUACCCGUUCGAGCAGGUAGUCGCCUGCUUCCUCCGAAAGUAUCCUAAUCCCAUGGAUAGAAAUGUCAUCUCUGUAAAAAUCGUGGAAGAAAAGAAAGAUGAAUUAACAGGACUCAUCUAUAGGAAGAGGAUUGCUAUCUGUCAGAAUGUGGUUCCAGAAAUUUUAAGGAAGGUGAGCAUUUUAAAGAUACCGUCUAUCCAGUUAGAAGAGGAAUCAUGGCUUAGUCCUCAGGAAAGGAACAUGGCUAUACGAAGUCACUGCCUCACGUGGACACAGUAUGCAUCCUUGAGGGAAGAGUCUGUCUUCCGAGAAAGUGUAGAAAAUCCAAAUUGGACAGAGUUCAUUCAAAGAGGCAGGAUUUCGAUCACAGGGGCUGGAUUUCUCAACUGCAUUUUGGAAACUUUUGCCAGUGCAUUCUUAAGACAGGGAGCCCAGAAGGGAAUUAGAAUAAUGGAGAUGCUGCUAAAGGAACAGUGUGGUGCCCCCUUAGCUGAAUAAAGAAUCUUCAGGAAACUGCUGUUGUAUCUACUUUUUUUCCCCAAGAACCACUCCUUGGCCACUGCGUGCUUCAGGAUACAGGCUUCGGGAUACAGUGUCGGUGUCUUAGAGAGGAGACCUUCCUGCCAGAGCAUAAACUGACACUUCGGACCCUGCUUCAAAUAGCGGGACUCAUGGAGAUGAGACCUUUUAAAAUGACUUUUUUAUGACAUAAUCUCUUUACAGUUUUAUGAA